AUGGACCAGCAGGUCGACCUCACCUCGAUCCCCAUCUCCCCCAACGGUGACGAGCACGCGGGCGAGACCAAGGAGAACAAGGACGACGGCAAGCCUGUGACUGUCUUCCACGACAAGGAUAACUUCACCGUCAAGCACCCUCUCCAGAGCAAGUGGACUCUGUGGUUCACCAAGCCUCCGAGCGGCAAGGGCGAUAACUGGAAUGACCUGUUGAAGGAGGUCAUUACUUUCGAUUCCGUCGAGGAGUUCUGGGGCGUCUACAACAACGUUGCUCCUGUUUCAGAACUUGCUCUCAAGUCCGACUACCAUCUGUUCAAGGCUGGCGUGCGUCCUGAGUGGGAAGAUCCCCAGAACAAGCACGGUGGCAAAUGGUCCUACCAGUACAAGGACAAGCGCAACGUCGAUGUCGACCGCCUCUGGCUGCAAGUCAUGAUGGCUGCUAUUGGCGAGACGCUCGAGGAGGAGGAGGAUGGCGAAGUCAUGGGGGUCGUCGUCAACGUCCGCAAGGGCUUCUACCGUAUCGGUGUCUGGACUCGCACCAUUGGCAAGAGCAUUCCCGGACGAGGCGACGGAGACGUUGCUGGUGGAAAGGGCCGAAGCAACGAGAAGGGCAAGGAGAUCCUCAUGAACAUUGGUCGCCGGUUCAAGGAGACGCUGGAGCUCCCUGCCAACGAGCAGAUUGAGUUUUCAGGCCACACCGACAGUGCUCACGCCGGCAGCACCCGAGCCAAGGCCAAGUAUGUCGUGUAA